CAUAUCAUUGGAUCAGUAGCUGCUGCCUGCCACACUGUCCAAUCACAUCUAGGAGGAGAAAAUAGAGAAAGAAAGAAAGGCAGAGAGAGGGAGAUGGGGGAGGAGAAAGAAAGAAGGGAAGGGAGAGGGAGAAAGAGAGAGAGAAGGAGAUUGAUCAUUUAAACGUCCUGGGUCCUGUGUUCACGGAAGAAAUACCUACAUUCCAACUAUCUGUGCUUUCCCCCCCACCACCGCUUUCACGUUUCAGCGGACUGAAAGGGACUGGAGGGCUGAUCCUCCCCCCCCACCACCUCUUUUUCUUUUCUUUCUUAUAUGGGUUAUUUUCACCCGGGAGACGCGCUACCACCACCACCACCACAUUUACCAGCAGGAGCAGCAGGAGCAGCAGGAACAGCAGCAGCGUAGGAAUAUCUCCCUAUAUCCCAUCCCGGGCACGUCGGAUCAGCCGCAGCAGCGAAAACACGAGGCGAUCAUUGCGGUGGACUGGAAGAGGAGAACAUGCACCGCGGGAUCUCACUCCGCUCACCCCGGCUGGGAGUCAGUCUGGGAAUGUUAUGGGGGUGACCGGAAGGAGAGAGUGACAGAGGAACAGUGAUGCCACUGUUUACAUAAUGACACAUUCACACACAUGCAUCAACACACGUAUAUACAUACCGACAUGCAUGCAGGCUGAAAUUGCCAGUCCAGGACACACACGCUCACUUAAACUCUCCAGCACAUACAUACGUACACUCACAGGGACUCAGUGACUGAGUCACUGCACACUCAGAGGCAAAGACUCACUGACUCACAUGCAGACACAUACACAAGGGGAAAAGGUUGCUCUCAAGAGACAGGACUGCGUGCAGCGUGUGUUAUGGGCCAAGCUGAGCAGCAGCUGUGCGUUAGAGUUGGAUACCUCUGAGGGGUCAGCAUAGACCUAACCCUCAACCUGCCUCCAGCACCUCACUCUCCUCCUCAUCCUUCUAGUUUUCUGCCUAAUCAAACCAUCAUGUCUGAGCUGAGGACCAGCAGAACUAUCCCUCCCUCCCCCUUCUCCUCCCCACUUGGAUUUCCAUCCCUCCUCCUUUCCCUUUGCUUCUCCCUUUCUCUCCAGCCGACCUCUUUGUCGGCUGAGCAGACAGUGCCUGUUGUUUCCACGGCGCAGGGCCGCAUUCGUGGCAUCCUGACCCCUCUGCCCUCGGACCUUCUGGGGCCUGUCAUCCAGUACCUGGGAGUACCAUAUGCAAGGCCACCAACUGGGGAUCGCCGCUUUCAGGCACCUGAGCCGCCUCUGCCGUGGCCCGGAAUACGGAAUGUGACACAGUUUGCUCCAGUGUGCCCGCAGGCUUUGGAUGAGAGGAGCAUGCUGGGAGAUAUGAUGCCAUCCUGGCUCACUGCAAACCUGGAUAUAGCAGCAACUUACCUCACUCACCAGAGCGAGGAUUGUCUCUACCUCAACAUCUACGUACCCACAGAGGAAGACAUCCAUGAAGAGGGGGGUCAGCGGCCAGUGAUGGUCUACGUCCACGGAGGCUCAUAUUCUGAAGGCACCGGGAACAUGAUGGAUGGCAGUGUGCUCGCAAGCUACGGCAAUGUCAUUGUCAUAACCCUCAACUAUCGCCUUGGAGUUUUAGGAUUUCUCAGUACAGGUGACCAGGCAGCAAAAGGGAACUACGGCUUGCUAGAUCAGAUUCAGGCUCUGCGCUGGGUGAAGGAGAACAUUGCAUCCUUUGGCGGCGAUCCAAGCAGGGUCACCGUGUUUGGAUCUGGUGCUGGUGCAUCAUGCGUUAGCCUCCUCACCUUGUCCCACUACUCUGAAGAUCUGUUCCACAGAGCCAUUAUCCAGAGUGGCAGCGCUUUAGCCAGUUGGGCUGUCAACUACCAGCCAAGCAAAUAUGCCCGGCAGCUCGGCGAGAGGGUUGGCUGUGGCAUUGAUGAUAGCACUCAACUGGUCACCUGCCUCCAGGGCCGGAGUUUCCGUGAACUUGUGGAGCAGAACAUUACUCCGGCCAAAUAUCACACUGCUUUUGCCCCGGUGAUUGAUGGCGACGUUAUACCUGAUGACCCUCAGAUUCUGAUGGAGCAGGGAGAGUUUUUGAACUAUGAUGUGAUGCUGGGGGUCAACCAAGGGGAAGGCGUGAAGUUUGUGGAGGGAAUUGUGGACUCUGAGGACGGUGUCACAGCCGAGGACUUUGACUUUGCCGUGUCAGACUUUGUGGAUAGUCUGUAUGGUUACCCAGAAGGCCGAGAUACACUAAGAGAGAGCAUACGGUUCAUGUACACUGACUGGGCAGACCGCGACAACGCAGAAACUCGUCGAAAGACAUUGGUAGCACUGUUUACAGAUCACCAGUGGGUGGCGCCAGCCAUUGCUACAGCAGAUCUCCAUGCACAGUAUGGGUCUCCUACCUACUUCUACUCCUUUUACCACCACUGCCAGAGUGAUGCCACGCCACCCUGGGCUGAUUCUGCCCAUGGUGAUGAGGUGCCCUACGUGUUCGGGGUGCCCAUGGUGGGUCCCACUGAUCUGUUCAACUGUAACUUCUCCAAGAACGACGUGAUGCUGAGUGCAGUGGUAAUGACUUACUGGACCAACUUCGCCAAGACCGGGGAUCCAAACCAGCCAGUUCCUCAAGACACCAAGUUCAUCCACACAAAGCCCAAUCGCUUUGAAGAAGUUGCUUGGUCUAAAUACACCCCCAAAGAGCAACUGUACCUCCACAUUGGCCUCAAGCCGCGUGUCAGAGACCACUACCGCGCCACCAAGAUCUCCUUCUGGCUCCAGCUUGUUCCUCACUUGCAUCAUGUUAAUGAACUCUUGCAAUCUGUUUCCUCCUUCACACACAGUCCCUCUCCACAAGACGAUACGCCUUAUUCCUAUACCAAGCGUCUAUCCAAAGGUUGGCCUCCUAUAAGCACACGUCAUCCAAGUUCACAAGGAGGAACGCCACAGCCUCCGGAGUCCGCUUUGGGUCAGGACGGAGGGGAAAGUGGAGUUCGGAUCCCAAAUGAGGACUACUCGACUGAACUCUCAGUUACCAUAGCAGUAGGAGCAUCACUGCUGUUUCUCAAUAUUCUUGCAUUCGCGGCUCUGCUUUAUAAGAAAGACAAAAGACGUCUUGAGCACAGAAGACCACGUCCGCUGCCUCCUCCUAGAAGAGACAUAACUCCUGCAGAUGUUGCAGCCCACCUGCAGGGGGAGGGGCUGAUGUCAUUACAGGUGAAGCGGCUCGAGUGUGAUGUUGCGUCAGCGGAUGAGCGAAACAACGCCCACCACCAUCACACUUUGGACACGCUUGAUGCCCUGGACGGUUUGGACACCCAGGACAUUUACAGCACACUGGACACUGUGCGACUCACCUGUCCACCUGAUUAUACCCUAACCUUGCGCCGCUCUCCAGAUGAUGUUCCUCUCAUGACCUCCUUGACCCCGGGCUCGCUGCCCGUGACCCCGGGGUCACACCCUGUUACUCCUGCAACACCAAUGACCCCAAUGACACCAGGAUCGGUGGCUGGGAUGAGGAUGGGCCACCCUCACCAGGGAUACACACACCAUAGCCCGUAUAGUAAUACACACUUGCCCCACACACACAUCUCCACGCACACACACUCCACCACACGUGUAUAACCGCAGCCAGACACUGACAAACACAUCUACAGCUCACAAUCCAACACGCCUACACAUGCACACAUACACAUUCACACACAUGCAUAAAACAGACUGAAAUACCUCUAAUAAUUACCCUGCAGGAUUGUUACAGAUUGAACCACAGAGAGACUUCUGUCAGAAUGAGAAGGCAGACGUGUGUGUGUUGCAUGUUGGGUAACUGCAGUUAAACUGGGUUCCCCAGAGACACAACUCUGUGAAACCCAAUAUGUCAAGACCUGCUCUGGAUUUUAAAUCAGCUUUUUCUACACCUGAGGAAGAAGAUAAAUGGUGCGUGGGUCAGUUCUGGUUCUCUACUACCACACCUGAGUGACUGUCCUGGGAGUGAGGAUAUCAGACGCAGAUGUAGAAAUGAGUCGAGAAGUACCACACACAGACUGCUAAUGUCAACUUGAACAACCUGUUAAAAUGUGAAUGUAGCAUUUUUUUCCAUUAAAAUAGAUCAAAGGCCCUAUCUGCCAAGGAUCCAACUAAGCUAAGAUGGAAAGAAAAGAAAAAAAGCAAGGGAUGGUUGUAAAAAAAAGAUUUACAAGAGAAAGAUUAAAAGACAAUUUCAGUUGAAGGAAAAAAAAAUUGAUUGUAAGGGAGAUAAAGAUUUUGUUGAGUGAUAUUUGACAGCGAGGAAAAGAGGAUAGAUAUCAAAAAACAACAUGGAAAGUAUGCCAAGAGACAGAGGUUAGAUUUAGAUGAAGAACGGUCCUCUGAAGCGUUGCCAGACUCACUGAGGAGUCACUCUAACCAGCUAUGUGUCAAACUCUUGUAAAUAGAAUGGAAAGAUACAGAUAUAUUAUGAUUUAUAGCAUUUACCUGCUACUUGCAUUAAAACAUGACUUAUUUAACCACAUUAUUGCUUUCAUUUCAGAUAUUAAUAUAUUAUUGUAUAGGUGUCCUAAAGCAAGGCUGGUUGACUUUCCAUCUCACCUGCUGUAGUAUUUACACAGUACAUUGAUAUAAAAGCUACAUUUGCUAUGCAGAAUCAUUUUAGAGAUGUUUUUUUUUUUUUUUUACAUGUGACCAUAUAGAUACUUGUUCAGCAGCUGAACUAUAGAAUAUUUACACAUCAUCCUGCCAUUUUUUCUUUCAACAUUGAUCAAUGAGCUAGUACUGUGUAGAUAAUGCAAUAUUGGUUUGAUGAUUAAGCACCAGCCAAAAAAAACAAACAAAAAAAAAACAUUAACCCUUUGACCCUUUAUCCCGUUGUCCCUGAUUGUUCUUACAUGAUUUUCCUUUCUGAACCCCAACUCAUAAUGAGAUUUUUGAAAGACAGACAGAUGGUGAUGAUUAAAGGGGCCCAGAAUUUUACGGAAUGUAUAAAAAACUCAAUGAGGCAUUAUUUAUUGUAAAAGAUCCUUAUAAGGUAAUUAAAUUUAUGAAACUUCUUCGCUUUUUUCAUGUUACAACCACAAACUGUUUUUUAAUUUAAUGACAUUUUACACGAUAGUACACCAUUGGAAAGUGGAAGGUUUGUCAACUUUUGAUGAAUUUACAGCUAUAAAUCUUUUGUCAUUGUCAGCUCUGCACAAAUAGAAACCUUUUGUUGUUUUAAAGAAUCGUUUUGGUCCAUAUUUCUUUACAAAUGAGCUCAAAUUUGAUGAACCAUUUGUAACCAUCAGGUUCUAAGUCCAAGGUUCUCAAUUGGAUUUACAUCUGGACUUUGGGUCAUUUUAACACAUCAAUAUGAUUUGAUGCAAUUAUAUAUUACAUAUCAGUUUACAUAUUACUAUUGGCUGCUUCUCAGAUCAAUGCUGUUUUGCACUGUCUGUUAGUUUAGGUCAAGGGUCUCAAACUCCAGUCCUCGAGGGCCGCUGUCCUACAGUUUUUAGAUGUGCCACAGGUACAAAACACGGGAAUGAAAUGGCUUAAUUACCUCCUCCUUGUGUAGAUCAGUUCUCCCAACCUUGCUAAUGAUCUAUUUAAUCUAUUCAGGUGUGGUGCAGCAGGGUCACAUCUAAAAGCUGCAGGACUGCGGCCAUCGAGGACUGGAGUUUGAGACCCCUGGAACUUUAGGUGAAGUUUGCACACUAGAUUUUAUUUUUACGUACCAGAGUAAAUGUGGAUCUGCAGUUGUUUUUUGAAAAAAUAAAUAAAUAAAUAAAUAAUAACAAUUCAUAAAUUGUCUUCCAUUUUACAAUUUUUAACAACUUUGUGUUGAUAUGUUAUAAUAAAGUAUUUUACGGGUUGUGGUUUUAACAUAAAAAUGUACAAAUACUUCUGAAAGGCACUGUGCUCUUGAUAUUUACACUUCACGAAGAGCCGCUGUUUUUCCAAGUUGUUCCCCUGAUUAAACUACCUAGUGCUGACAAAAAAAAAUCCUGGCCCUGAUUAAAAAAACUUCUCUAAAAUCAAUUUUUUACAGCUUGAAGUUGGGUUUACUUUCCUCGACCUUGGUUUGGAGCAAGCUUUGAUUAAUGAGGUGAAGAUAAAGUAGCUUUGGGUUAUAAUGAGAGCAACAUAACACCGUAGGAAAACAAGGCUCCAAACAUGCUGCUUCCUAAGCCUUAAUAUCCUCAAACAGGAUCAUUUUUUUAAUUAAAAAUGUUGAAUUAAAAGAAAUCUAUCUCUGAAAUUCUGACCAUCGUCUUGUGGAUAUAAUGACAUUACUGAGGUUUUUGUUGUUGACUUCACUGUGAGUGUAGGAGGGCUUAUGGUUGUUACUGGUCUUUGACAUUAGCAAUAGAGAUCAAGCAUUUCUCAAAUCCAUUACAAACAAUUUCCAUGCAUAAGUAAAGUAUUUAACUUAAAGAGCUCCCAUGGAGACCAUAUAAAAGCCUUUUGCAGUGCUCCAGUUAACAAAAAUGAUUAUAGGACCCGUAAUGACUUAAAAUCCAGUAACUGAACCAAGUGCCCUAGCAAAGGUUUUGCAGCAUUUAUGUAUUAUACUGCAUUUGUUUCCCAGCCCUUUUCCUUCAUCCAACUUUAGUCCGGUCCUUCCAUCCCUUCUCCUUCCCAGCCUCAACAUGUGUGACCACAAGCAGCUUUGUCACAUUGAGACCUUUAUAAUCUCUGCUCAUUCUAAGUAACUUCCUCAUUAGUUUUCCUCAGAGUUUUUUUAGUCACUUGUUAACUGAAUAUGUGAAAAAUUUAAAAUGGCUGAAAACUUUGUGGCGAACAAAGAACUUUUACAAAACGAUACAAAAAUAAUAUUUAAAGGAUGUUUGGAUGAAUAUUUGUUUCUUCUUAUGGGUUUGCCGUCUCAGCAGAUGGAUGGCGUGUGACGAGCCUAAAACAUUUCUGCUGCAUUUUUGAAAAAUAAAAAUAUCAGUAUUUUACAAUUGUUGUGCAUUUUACAUUUUUACUGUCCCUGUUUUAAUAUGUAUGGCACUGUUUAAAUUAGAUAUUUGAUUACUUUAAAAUUAA